AUCGUCAUGGUUUUGGCUCUCAUCAUCGCGAUCCCCCUGCUGGUCCAAACUUCCAAGACCGAUGCGCACUACGAGAUGAUGGGCACCUGUCGGAUGAUCUGUGACCCGUACAACCCCAAGCCGAGCGCCACGGCUCUGGAGGUCAUGCAGGACCUGAGCGCCAUCCCUUCCCCGACCUUUGUUCAAGGGACUAAAGGCGAGCCGGGUCGGCCGGGUAAACCCGGGCCGAGGGGCCCGCCUGGCGAACCGGGGCCACCCGGUCCGAGAGGGCCGCCGGGGGAUAGAGGGGAUUCUGGAAAGUCGGGGUAUCCUGGGGUCGUGGGUACAGCGCGGACAGAGACCGGUGGAGACCUGGGCUCUGCUAUCGGCGGUGCAAAGAUAGCGUUUUAUGUGGGUCUGAAAAACCCUCACGAGGGAUACGAAGUGUUACGGUUCGACGACGUUGUCACGAACCUGGGGAACCACUACGACCCGAUAACCGGCAAGUUCACGUGCCAAGUGUCUGGGAUUUACUACUUCACCUAUCAUGUGCUGAUGCGCGGUGGAGACGGGACAAGCAUGUGGGCAGACCUGUGCAAAAACGGACAGGUCCGAGCCAGCGCCAUAGCGCAGGACGCCGACCAGAACUACGACUACGCCAGCAACAGCGUCGUCCUGCAUCUGGACUCCGGGGACGAGAUUUAUGUCAAACUGGACGGCGGCAAAGCUCACGGCGGGAACAACAACAAAUACAGCACGUUUUCCGGUUUCCUUUUGUACCCGGACUAA